ACAAGCCCAUUUCCGGAAUAUUCUUCCUGCUGCUGGUCGAUUCUCGAUUGUCGAUUUAAGAUUCUCUAGGUUACGUUACGUUGUUCGUUGUUGCAAUAAUUCUAGUUUCAGUCGCAAGUCCUUUUUUGAACAUAAUAUCGUAAUACGUCAUUAAAACUUCAGGAAGUUGUAGGUUGUAGUAGUUUAGUUUGAGUUUCUGUCUACACUGGACUGAGGUUGUCGUUGUAAUCUAAACUAAAUCUAUCAAAUUAAUCUUGUUGGUUGUAGAACGUUUCUGUAAACUUUUAAAAUCAAUUUUUUUGUAUUCUUUGUUGAAAUAGUGCCUUAAAUAUGGAAUUCAAUUACAACUUAAAUGAAAUCUUCCAAAAUUAUAUUUCCAAAGUAUGUAACACUCUGCUACCAGCGGAUUUCAACGGUGACAGAAAAAGAGCAUCACAUGUAGCAAGCCAAGUGGCGGAUAUAGUAGACUCCAUGGGACUGGCCUCAGCCAAAGCACAAGGCCUACACCAUCCUAUCACCAGUGCAGAGAAAUCAAGAAACUGCGAUCACACUCUCUAUAUCAUGAUUGACCCUAGGGAAAACCAUGGAAACGGAAGUGUUGUCGGUAUUCUGAAGAUGGGAGUGAAACAUUUGUUCCUGUUUGACGCAACUGGCAUGGUCCAUGAGAAGGAGACGUUGUGCGUACUUGACUUCUAUGUCCAUGAAUCAAAGCAGAGGACUGGACUAGGAAAGAUAAUGUUUGACUAUAUGUUGGAGGAUAAAGACACUGUGCCUUGUAAACUAGCGAUUGACAAACCAUCUCAAACGUUCUUGUCCUUCCUGAACAAGCACUACGGGUUAGCAAAGAUAUACCCUCAGAACAACAACUUUGUCCUGUUUGAAGGCUUCUUUGAUGAAAAACGUGAUGUUUCUUCCUCUCUGGAAUCGCUUGAAAACUCGUAUGUAUCCGAGAAGUCCAGGCAUGAAAAGGAGGUUCGCGACAACAAUCAAUCUGUAACUGACAGACGUGAACGGGAAGACUACUUGCCCCACCUGUAUGGCCGGCACACUGCAUUUAAACCUCAUGACACCAUGGGAGACAUUAUUGGGGACGGUUCAACUGGUCACAACCAGUCUCCGACCAGGAAUGGAGAAUAACCUGGCUCACUCCGUCCGACAUGAACCAACACUCCGCUCUCUGGUAGAGAGAGUUUUCCUGUAACGUUUAUUUAUUUUUACGAUAUUACAUUUUCACUUUGUAAAUAGCAGUUUUUUUACUUACUUUUAAGUUAAAAGGAAUUGGUGCGGUUGUUUAUAUUCAUGCACCCAUUAUGAAUAGUUAGUUUGCAAAUUUUGGAUAGCAGUCAUGUUUAACUUAAUUUUAGUGAAGGUAAGGUUAAGUUGGUAAUCAACGAUUAACUGUUUACUUUUAGUUUAUUCAUUGACGGCUAGAGUACGCCAAUGGUUCACUAUACGCUAUAUGUGAUUUAGACUAUAUUAACGUAUAAUUAACUAAUUUCAUUUGCUGUCUCUCUUUUUUAUCUGUACUUGUUAAUAUUUGUACGCACAGUUGAAGGCAUCGAGACAAAGUGAAUUCCCAAAGGUAUUCGUUUGAUGUGCUACCUAUCUUUUAUUAUUUGUCUAGCUAUCCUUUUUUUUAAUUUCUAUAUUUAACUUUGAGUCUGAGAAUUUUGCUGAGUUUAUAAAUAUAUUUUAUGUCAGUAAAUGUCUGUAAUAACAUUUUAACGGUGUGCUUAAACAAUGCAUAGAUAACUUACCAUUCUAUUUAUAACCAUUUUGUGGUAUUCAAAUAUAAUGUUUUACAUCAAGCUUUGCUUUGUGAUUCUGACAUUUAUUGAUACAGGGUUUUCCCAUUUUCCCCUAUAAGAGGUUUGUGCUAGUUAACACGUUCGCUGCAGCCCACCAACCCCACAGCGUACUGCCCCGCUGCGGUGCAGUGUCAAGCGAACCUGUUUGGCUUUAAAAGAUUUCUGUCUGGCAAAUAGCAAGUUACGUGCGGUGAUGUGCUGCGUUACGACGAAAGUCAACGUAGUUUGCUGAAACACUCACAGAUAGCAGCACUGUCUAGAACUAGCCGGUCCCAUUGUAUUGGAGGGAGAAAGACGUUACAAAAAGUUCAUUUCUAAGCUUGCCGGAAAAGGGAUUUUAAGGGGAAAUUUACUACUAACCUACACCACAAUAUAGCACCCAUUCCUAGCUAAACGCAGACAUAAAAAUACCCGUUCCUCCUGGUAUGCUGCUGCGCAGAAAUUGAAUGAAAUGCAGAUGCCAACACUCACCGGCGAGCAUUCAGCGUGGCAGUAAAGAACUAGAGCCCGCAGCGAACGUGUUAAAGAAACAAAGUUGCAAACAAUUCAUUCCUGCAGGUUAUUGUUUUGCAAGUUUUAAUAACCAUUGUUACGUUGAAAUAAAAAAAUAUAUAAUAUUUCAAAAUUAAGAGUUUAUUGCAAUUUAUAUAUUUGUUGAAUUUUUUAAAUGAUUGGUUAUUGUGUUAAUAUGUUAAGUUUUUCAAGUAAAGGGAUCCAAUUUUUACAGGCAAGAAGUAAGCAAACUUCUUUAGGGUUAGUCUCUUAUCUUUGUUGAAAUGUGAACAAAAUUUGAAAUAAAACAGCUGAUAUAUGCAAAAAUGAUGUUACUUUAUUUAGAGUUGUUUUUUAAAAUAAAUAAACAACGAAUACACAAAGCGUCAUAACUGAAUGUGAUUGUUUUCUAAAUUUCACACAUAGAGAUGAAAGGAUUAUAACAGGAGUCGCCACUCUGUUUGAUAAGCGUAGCCGCUGUUUAUCGUGUGGUUAUGUUGGUCAUCGUUGAUUUUGGUUGGAUAGCUGUCAAAUUCAUUCCAAUAAUUCUAACCAUUGUAAUGACUAACGACAACAGGACGAUGCCAUCUUGACUUUAAUUUGACAGGUCCAACCAAACUGAGACAGUGUGACCAACAAAACACAGCAACAAGCGGCCAUCUUGAAGCCUCGCUUUUCAUUAAAUGUUUAACCAGAGAGUAGUGACUCCAAUUAUAAUCCAAUUAUCUCUAUGACUUCACGCAAGUUAGGAAUUUAAACUAACCUAUUGAUGUGCUACAUGCCACAGCUUAACAAGUUGUGUGUUUUCCAAGAAGCAGGAGUGUAACAAAAAACGUGAUCAAAUUGUUGGAAGUAAAAGUACUAUUUUUUAUUGUUUUAAUACAAAGUAUUCUAAUUUUUUAAAUAUUGGAAAAUACACACAUAGGUGGUGACCCUAUCUCAAAUAAAAAUUGAAUAUGAAUAUAUUUAUUGAUUACAUUAUUAAAAUAACAUUGUACUGUAAGUCCACUUAAAAAUUAUUAAGUCUUGCGCAUAUGCCGUCCUACAGUUGAUAAUGUAUUUACUAUGCCAUUGGAACAAAUUUAGUUGCUAGUUAAUUAAAUAAAGAAAUAACAUAUUUUAAGUAUUUUACUGACAUGUUUUACAAUUUUAAAAUCUUAAACCUCUUUAAGAUAAGUGUUUAUCCUCUUAUUGUGCCUUUUAGAACCAGACUUAAUAUAAAUUGUUUUUAUUAACCAUCAGUUGUAUUGGGUUAUAUUUUUAUAUAUAUUUGGAAUAUUAUUUUAUUGAAAAUUAUAACAAAAUUUAUUUUUGGUGGAGUAAAACAAGAAUGCUUGCUAGUGCAUUUAUAUAUUUUUAUAUUCCCAUUGUUUAGGAUUUAAAAGGAGUUGAAAGCUACUUUUUAUUAAUUUUAUAAAUGUAAUGUUUAUAAUCGUAGCUUUGUAAACAUUAUGUGGUGAAGUUGACAAAACCCAGUCGCUUAUUCUUUUAUUGCCUCUAGUAUUGAUACAAAGACUAAAACAAUAGGUUACUUAGUUUGCCUUGUCAAUCCAUUAGUUAUACCAGAUGACAGGGUUCGGAGCUUAAUGUUCCAUUAAAAUCUGAAUGUCUAAAAUAGGCCUACUCAGAAUGAAAUAAAAAAAAGGUGUUCAAAUUAUUUAGGUAACAGUGAUAACUUUUGGUCCCGCCAAAUUAAUACAAAUCCAGAUAUGCAAAAGAUUACAGUCUGGUUGUCUUAUUUGUCAAAUAACAUAUUUUAGCCAAAGUCCGCCCAAGAUUGUGAAAAUUAGUCCUCUGCCUACAAGAGCUCUUUUCUCAAGAGUUUAAUCAUUUUACAUGACCACUACUGUUUCGGUUCAAAAUAAUAUUCUUUUUUGCUUUGGCUAAACGGUAUCUCAAAUUUAUCGAUCAGGUAUUUCUUUCAUACCAUUGUUGAUCAUAUAAUAUAAAACUUGUUUAAGGUACACACUUAGUUUUAUUUUUACAUUAAAUCAAUUUUUUCUACUUUAAAUAAGUCCCAAUAUUUUUUUUAAACAUAUUUUAACGGGCUGACAACAUGAAAGAAGUAACCUACUGUUUUAAUAACAAUUGUAAUUUCUGUAACCCAACAAAACCUUAUUCUUGCCUCGUUACCUUGCAAUAAAUUAUUUAUAUACUUAACGUCUUAGGUCUGCUUAUUGUAAUUAUUAGUAAGCAUGAACAGUAUUAACUUGACUGUGAUUUCUUUAGUCACCUUUUCUGUUAAUGCUAUCAGUUAAAUAAACACUAUUAAAACAAAACUGAGAA